AUGCGCUAUUCGUAUAUUUCUCUGGCAAUCUUUGCCAUUGGUGCUGUCGCUGCACCCUCCUAUCCUCGCCCAGAAUCCGAGGACAGUGACCCUUUCACAACUUUUCCUUUCAUGAUGGAAGGAAGCUCCAGUGUCACAGAUGAAGAUGAUGACAGCAUGUCGAACUCGCUUCCUGCUGCAAUGGCUGCCAUGGAAGAGGUUCAGGCGGCCGAGAUUUACGCCGCUCCUGUUCCUACUCAUGCUAAAGUCUCAAAGCCAAAGGUUCAUUCUGCUGUUCAAGAAGCUGCUCCUAUGGCCGAGCCAACCCCUGCUACUGAGAAUGCUAUUGUUCCUACUCAUGCAGCAAUGGCUCCAGCUCCUGAAAUAGCUGUCCCAGAGGCCACCAAGCUCAAGGAGGGGGCAUCCAAGGGUAAACAGGAGGCUCCUGUAGCUAAGGUUGAAACUCCCACGGACUCUGAUUCAACUCCAUCUGAUUCCGAGCUAUUCCCCGGCCAGGCUAGCAUUGUUCCUUCUAUUCCAACUCCAACUGAUAAGCCAACUUCCAAACCUGCGCCCUCUGCCACUGCCACUCCGGAAGUUGCCGACGAUGCGCCAGCUUUCGAGGUUCCUACGUCUACUCCCUCUGCCAAAACUUCUGCCACUCCAGAAUAUGAUGAUAAUACAACAACUUCUGAGGCUCCCACGUCUACUCCCUCUGCCACGCCAUCUGCCACACCAUCUGUCACUCCAGAGUAUGACGAUAAUACACCAACUUCUGAGGCUCCCACAUCUACUCCUUAUGCCAAGCCUUCUGCUACUCCAGAAUAUGACGAUAAUACACCAACUUCUGAGGCUCCCACGUCUACUCCUUCUGCCACACCAUCUGUCACACCAUCUGUCACUCCAGAGUAUGACGAUAAUGCACCAACUUCUGAGGCUCCCACAUCUACUCCUUAUGCCAAGCCUUCUGCUACUCCAGAAUAUGACGAUAAUACACCAACUUCCGAGGCUCCCACAUCUACUCCUUAUGCCAAGCCUUCUGCUACUCCAGAUUAUGAUGAUUAUGAGCCAAGUUCUAAGACUCCUACUCCCUCUGCUACACCUUCUGUUCGGGCCCAUUCUUUCGAUAAGAUCAUGGCCUCUGCCACCAUUACUCCCAUUACCACUUCACCUGCUGCAUCAUCUCACAGUACUCCCACUUCACAGGUGGCCAAAAUCACCCCCAGCUCCUCCGUGGAUCUGUCAUCGAAAUUCCAGCCAAGCUCUUUCUCAUCGGUGGUGUCAGCUUCCAAGCCUUACUCCACCCCUCUCAUUCACAAGGCUUCCCCCUCACCUAGCCGUGUCGGUGCGAGCAGCUCCGAUGUUGCCAGCAGCUCUGCCACUCCUACUCCUUCUGGCGUCGUUGCCCCUCUAGGCAACAUGCUAGGUGAGCUGCUUAGGGGCGGCCUUAUCGGUGAGCUCGGUUUGCGUCGUUAA